CCUUGAAAGACCAGUGCUGGUUAAACGUUCGUCCAGGAUGGUCGUGUUUUGUUUGGUGUUAUCCCUCGCAGUGCUGGCAGCAGGGGAGCAUUCGGGCGCGUACUCGUCUCCUCAGUACGCGAAGAAAAUGUACCCUAAAGCGUAUGACGCAAACGCGAUUUUGCCAAGAGAAAAACCGCCGAUACCUUUCGAUAACUCGGCUUCUCGAUUCGAUGUGAACGACACGGCUCAGUACGGACGGUCGUCGUUCAUGGAUACUGCUGGAAGUUUCCUGAACAGUGCAGGUGGGCAGCUGGUGUCGGGCCUGGCGAAGGACUUUAUCGCCAGGUCGACGGGCAGCAGUCAGGUUGGUUUCGACUGCGUAUCACAGGUACUAAGCCUGAAUCUAACCAACUUGGUGAUACUGAUCGUGCUGAAGGCUCUCAUCUUGGCCGCCGGGUUCUUCGGCGCCGGCGCAUGGAAGGGUGGCCAUCAUUACGCGAGAAGUCUUGACGGUAAAUAA